AUUCAUCGUCAACCCCUCGUUCCUCUUCACUGAGGCUGAGGUUCCCAGCUGCGGCCGGCGAAGCUCUUUCUCCCGUCUCACUGCCGACUCUGCAGGACUGCAGCCUUCUUGAUUUGGUUCAUAAUUUGAUAUGGUUCCUGCCCUUUAAGCAGAUAUUUAGUAAAUCGCUAUUCUAAAAUGGCUAUUAUUGAAGUAGAGGAAAGUAGUUCUUCUGACGUUGAGAUUAUAGAGCAGGAUUCAGAUGUGUGGACUUCGACCAGAAUAGUGCCUGCAAAAAGGGUCAAAGUUGAAGUAUCUGGCAGGCAUGUGACUGUAAAGCCAUCUUAUGAGCCUCCAAGGCAUACAGAGGCUCAACAGAAGUCAAUUUUUGAAGGUUCAGAAUCGCCAGAUAUCCUUAUAUCUGUGUCAGAGGAAAGUAAUUCAAAGCUCAAGUCUGAUAUGGACUGUAAUCAAGAAAAUGAGGUCCUUAAUGAAUCUUCAAACGCUGCUCCAGACAAGAGGCUUCUUUUACUGGCAAUGGAGUUCCAAGAUGAACUAGUUGAUUUGGCCAUAAAUAAGCUUGGGGAAGGUGCUCCUCUGACAGAGCUUGUUGAUUUCAUCCUUUCUUUAACAGCAAGGAGCUCAAUUGAAAAGGAUAUAACUGGUUCAAAUGGUUCUAAAGAUAAAAAGAAUGAGGGAAACACUGAGGAGACAUUGCUGGGAAAAAUGGACAAGACUGCCAGCCUACUUGAUAUGGGUUUCUCAGAGGAUGAAAUCUUUUCAGCAAUUGAUAAUCUGGGCAAGUCCAGAGGUUCCCAUCUGGGAGCUUGCUGAUUCAAUAUUUGCGAACCGAAUUGCCUCUGGAACUGGAGAGGAGGAUCUGCUAACAAGUCGAUGUAGCAGUGUCAGUCAGCAAGACGGAAACAUGCCGAGAAUUUAACUACUGAAAUAGAGGAACAUCUAAAACCAUCAAUCAAAUCUUGAAUAUCUAAGCUAUUAAAGAAUUGGUCAUGAAAAUGCAGUGAAUGCUAAGUAUCAGUUUGGAAAUUACAUUUCACUAUUUCUCUGCUGAAUAGAGCUUGAACAUCCUCCAUAGGCUGUCAGUAACAGGUUUUCUGAAGAAACAUUACUAAAAAGGGCAAGCAUUGUUUGAUUUUCUAAUGUCUACAAUCUAAUCUUCCUUGUUAGUCAUACAUGAAGAGUACUAUUCAUUUUUUUUUUUCUUGUGUUAUAUUUAUAUUGCAAGAUAAUGAAGUUAAUCAACUAUUA